AUGGUGGUGCCAUAUGAUGCAUGCUACAUUACCCAGGAGAACGGCAGUUACGUGCUACCUAUGCUUUGGUGGGGCAGCCCGCUGAAGCUGGCUUGCCCGGUGCGGAUGCCUACGUCAGUCCCGGCCGUCUUCUGCUCCCCUUACGGCAUGGCGGUGUAUCUAUCACAGCAAGGGAACCGUCUACCGGAUUCACCAGAACUCCAUCUUGUUUUUGAUAAGCAGAAAAUGAUCCUCUCCUGCUCCGUUCAAUCAUCUUCCAUACCUCAGACGCCCGCUGAUAAUUACCAUCUGCAUGUACCAUACGAUAAGCAUCCUUCAACGCCGUCUUUGCAUUCAGCUCAAGAGCCCAUUGCUCAACUUCCCGAUUACGGCUCGCCAUACCCUCAAAAUCCACAUCUCUUCCCUGCUGGUCGACCGGAUGCACCUGGAUCUCCAGCUCAUGAUCAGGUUGCCCGGCUUCCUACUUAUCCACACUUUGCUUACCCAGGGUCCCCAUCGCCUUCAUUUCCCCACGUUUACCAUCCUGCCUCAAAGCCUGCUAUUCCAUGGUUCUCCUCAGGCAAUGCCCCUUCAAGUACUUUCCCUGUUGCACCUGGAUUUCCAACCCAGGAUGAGACUGGCCAGUUUCCCAAUUAUCCCCAACUUGUCCACCCUGGUUUUCUCUCGCCCACAUUUCCCCAGGUCUACCCUCCUGGCUCAAAGCCUGCCAACCUCCCUCAUCUCUCUCCAGGCAGUCGCCCUGGAGCCCUGCCUCAUCCGUUCCAUCACCGCAAAAAUCCUUUACAAGCUCCUUCCCCUGCACCUCCAACACGGGCUCAGUCGCCGGGUAAAUCCCAUAGCGCUUACGGCAAAUUCCUGUCCCCUCAUAUUCCCCAAGUCUAUCCUCCUGCCGGUCCCCCUCAACUCGUUCCGCCACAAACUCCCCGCCCACCCACGAUUCGGGAUUAUCUUCAGAUGCCUUCCCAUCCUUUACCUACGCCAGCAACUUUGAUACCAGAACCACAUCCUCGCCCUUCAAGGCCACCCCAUUACCAGCUUCCAUCCAAUCUGUAUGACUUUCACAAUCCAUACAGACACCCCAAAAAAGGUCACAAUCCACUGGCCCCUCCCACUGCUCAUUUUCCCCAAGACCCUAGUUCGUUCAUUCCACCUCCAUCUGAGGAACAUCAGCAAGCCUACUGCCCCCCUUACUCCAACACCCCUUGUGGAUCCAAGGAGUACACUUAUCCUUAUAGCUAUUCACCAGUACAACCCCCUGUGCACCAGUAUCCGACUCAGUCACCUACACAAAAACCUGCGCUUAGCAAGCCUUCCAUUCGCCCCUCUGGUGUCCGGAAGCCCAAGGUCUUCUGCUCCUCCAAUCAGAUGCUGGUUCAUCUCCCGCCUGGUCCGAUCUCUGGAAUUGUUGUUAAAGAUGCCGAAGGGAAUGAGAUAAGUAUCCCGGAUGCUCCAAAGCACUGUGGCUAUUCUGCCAGCAUUGGAAAAGAUGGCAAAAUUCAUUUUAGCCUCCAGUUACACACACUCUGUCACAUGAGUAUGAAGGCAAGAUAA